UAAUAAACCGUAUGACGGUAAUCCUCCGCUGCCAUAAGGGAUACACGGCGAAAGAAGAGAGCAAAUAAGUGAAAUACAGACAACAGUGUACAUUUACCCCAUUUAACUCUUGAAAAAAUGGACAAUUCCGGAAAGGAAAAGGAGGCGAUUCAACUUAUGGCGGAAGCCGAUAAGAAAGUGAAGUCGUCCGGCUCCUUUUUAGGAGGAAUGUUUGGAGGGAAUCAGAAAGUGGAAGAGGCGUGUGAGAUGUAUGCCAGAGCGGCCAACAUGUUCAAAAUGGCUAAAAACUGGAGUGCUUCAGGAAAUGCUUUCUGUCAGGCGGCCAGACUUCACAUGCAACUCCAAAAUAAACACGACUCGGCCACCAGCUACGUCGAUGCAGGGAAUGCGUUCAAAAAAGCCGAUCCACAAGAGGCUAUCAAGUGCUUAAACGCAGCCAUUGAUAUUUACACAGAUAUGGGAAGAUUUACCAUCGCUGCCAAGCAUCAUAUCACAAUCGCGGAGGUGUACGAGUCUGAGCUCGUGGAUAUCGAGAAGGCGAUUGCGCAUUACGAACAAGCUGCCGACUAUUACAAAGGAGAAGAAUCGAACAGCUCUGCAAACAAGUGUCUUCUGAAGGUGGCGUCAUACAGCGCUCAGUUAGAACAGUACCCGAAGGCCAUAGAGAUUUAUGAGCAGGUUGGAACCAACACCAUGGACAAUCCCCUGCUGAAAUACAGCGCCAAAGAAUACUUCUUCAAAGCUUCCUUGUGUCACUUUAUCGUCGAUGAGCUAAACGCAAAGCUCGCUAUCGGAAAGUAUGAAGAGAUGUUUCCGGCCUACUCCGAUUCAAGAGAGUGCAAACUUCUGAAGAAACUUCUAGAGGCCUAUGAGGAACAGAAUGCAGAGGCUUUCACAGAAGCAGUGAAGGAGUUUGACUCGAUCUCACGCUUGGACCAGUGGCUCACCACCAUGCUCUUACGGAUCAAGAAAACCAUUCAGGGCGACGAGGGCGACCUGAAAUAAUCCGCGCAGCGGGGUCAUCGCCCACCGCAUGGCACCCUUCUCCCCCUCCCAUUUCAGUUUUGUGCAACGGCCAAGUCCAGGUUUCCCAAUACAGUAUGUCAAAAUGUAUUGCUGCGAACAUUUCUAGAGAUUAUAUAAGCCUGCAUUGAUAUUGAGUUAUAUAAUACAGCGCAUAUCAGAAUUUAGCACUCCAGUUCAAAGACUCGGCCUCCGAACCCCGAAACCUUAAAGGGGGAAGUUUAUAGAUGCAAUGGGGAUUCGAGAUAGUCCUGCAUUUCUUUUAUAACAAUCAUAGGAUUGCAACAUGCAAGAGAUGCAUGAAAUGUACAGAUAAUUGAGUCAGGAGAUUUGUCUAUUAUUAUUAUUUAUAGAAAUAUAAAUUUUAUUUGUUAUUUUUGUUAGCCUGAAAUGAAGCAGUUUUCGACUACAGAAUGUUGAACGUUAUCUUUGGUGUUCAGUUCCCCGAUAAAAUUCAUUGAAGGAGAAUUUAAAUUCCUAUAGAAUUGUAACUUCUUAAUCGUAAAUAUUUUUUUCAAAUCGAUUCUGUGAAAUGUUACUUUAGGAUGUUAUUUAUAUUUUUAAUAAUCAAUAUAUAUUGUUAGCGGUUUCAAAUUUAAUUUCAAAUGUUUAAUCCAUCGUUUCAUUUGCACUGAAAUGGAGGCAUUUGUGAAAUCCAUAUAUAACCUUUAAUCCCACGCUCUGUAUGUGUAUAGUGUUGUGAAUGCAUAUCUCAUACCCUUCACUCCUGUGGUCUUUAGCGGCGCAUGUCAUUCUGUGUUUAAAGUGUUGUGUGAUCGUCCGUGUUUUAUCAUAUUCUAGAAUUUUUAAGAAGCCAUUGAGACUUACCAAACAAUGUACUUUACCACAGAGCACCUGCUGUCUUUGCUGAAUGUCUGUGAGAAUGUACAGAAUAAAAACGACUAUUGAAACAA